GCAAUAAAGUCUAAACUUUCUGAAGAGCUUGCUGCUGUGUCUUUUCCCUCCUGAAAUUGUUUUCUACAGAUUGGCGAUUGGUGUGGAAGUCUGUCGUUUCCUAGACACGACAACUUCAAUGCCCUUCAGCCAGGCCAAUGUCAGCCAAGCCUCCCAGUAAUGAAGAAGCCUCCCAGAAGCCUCCCAGAAAUGAAGAAGCAACAAAGAGUGAGAACAUGGUUGAUAUGGGAUUUGGCAUCUCUAUUGUAAAAGAGAAGAGCUUGAUGAUCAACCACUCCAGCUUUAAGCGAAUGACACGGGACCUCAUGGAGGUCCUAUUCUCAAGAGAGGAAAUGGCUGUAUUAUCUGUGUCAGGGAGAAAGUCAAACAUCAACCCUGAUACUGCUGCAAAACCUGCUCUGACAAAGAGAAAGGUGCUGGCGAUUAUUGCACAUGUCCAGAAGCAUUUUCCAGGAACGGAUAAGGCAUCCAUCAACACGGCCAUGGCAUACAAAUUAAAAGAUGUGGCCACAGAAGAAAUGUAAUUAGAAUGUUGAAGUUCACCCAAAAUCAAGCACUCUGGGCCGGCAACUCCGUUUUGCAACCCGGUGCUCACCACCGUUCUUUUUUUGAAAGUGGUCUGGCUGUUUUUGUUUUUUUUCUAUUUUUCUUGCAAACCCACACAUACAGUCA